AUCCAUCCUCUUUGGGAUCGAAGACGCCACCCGGGAAAACGCAGUGAUUCAGUGCAUAGGAAGUACCUUCAGUACGUUUUAUCAACAGUAACUUUGGCCAGAGGUGUUGGGUAUUUUUUAAAUAUGUAAACAACAGCUGGCGAACAAUCGAUAGUACCUGCCAAGCUAUCGAAAUCGACGUAUUACCUAAACAUGUCCAAGGUCUUGCCCAAAAUCCGAUCAUCCUCCAGCCUAAUCCUGCUGGCCAAGGACCAAGCAGCAAAAACCAAAUCAUUCGAUUAUAAUGCUCUGCUCCUUACGCGAACCCAAAAGUCCAGUUUCAUGCCGGAGUCCUCGGUGUUUCCGGGCGGAGUUUGCGAUGUCACAGACAGUUCACCUGCCUGGUUGGAUCACUUUCGGCGGAACGAAAUCAGUGCCACCAAACUGCAAACUAUCAGCAACGUGAAGGGACCACGUCCAGAGAUAUUCCAGUACAAGGAAGAUAAAGAAACGAUAGAUCCGUCCCUAGCUCUUCGAUUAACUGCCUUACGAGAGACCUUUGAAGAAUUGGGCAUCCUGCUGUGUAGGGACAGCAAGUCAUUGACCUCCACCAGCGGCUAUGGAAAGUUCUACGAUCAGUUUGAUCGUGUCCACUGGCAGCACAUCGUCCACAAUGAUGCCAGUCAGUUCCUGAAGCUCUGUAAGCAGCUGGAGGUGCUCCCAGACGUUUGGUCACUCCACGAGUGGUCCGUCUGGCGCACACCAUCCACUUUUAAGAAGCGGUUCGAGACGGCCUUCUUUGUGACCGCUCUAGAACAAGAGCCCAGCGUUCUUAUCGAACCCAACGAGGUCAAGGAUUGUGCGUGGCGCUCGCCAUUAGACUACCUUCAAGCGUGCCUGAGAAAGGAACUUUGGUUGCCGCCUCCACAAUUCUACGAGCUAUCCCGCUUCCUCAAUUUCUCCUCCUUGGAGAGUCUGCGUCAAUUCGCUGUUGAGCGUGAGCUGAAAGGCCUUGGCCUGAUCCAUCCCGUGAUGUACAAGUGCCAGAAUGGAACUGUACACCUUUUGCCAGGAGACGAGGCAUAUCCCGCCGAUCCGGAUGCUAGUAGCGACAAAAUCGAGACUGGAUUGUCAGUCGAGGAAUUUCGAUCGCAGGCCAAUGGCAAACUACAUCGUUCGGAGCACUGGAACCAGCAUCAGUCACAGCUUCUAAUUAACUUUGACCGGGAUGAUGGUCAAGUGCAUCCCGUGGACCCCACCAAGCUAUAAAGGAGAAAGCAGUUUCCUUGAUAUUAUGUGCAUUUAUCUAGGAUUAAUGUUUGAACUGACUAUAAAUUAUAAAAAGCUGUAAGUAAA